GGGGCCAGGGGACUGCUGCAGCUGUCCAUGGUUGUGUAGUGUGAGGAAUCAGAGAGGGUCCGGGGACGUGCGAGAUGCGGCCAUAGUCACGCUACACUCUCUUAAAUUAUAACCUGCCGGGUUCGUUAGUUUUGCAGCCCCUCGGAGCCGAUUGAAAGCCUGUGGACGUGAGGCAUCAUGGCUGAACAGCAGAGGCAGCGCUCCCUGUCCACUGCCGGUGAAUCUCUCUACCAUGUCUUGGGAGUUGACAAGGUGGCCACAACGGAUGACAUUAAGAGGUCUUACAGGAAACUGGCGCUGAAGUUCCACCCUGACAAGAAUCCCGACAAUCCCGAGGCCUCAGAAAAGUUCAAGGAGAUAAACAAUGCCCACGCAAUCCUGAAUGACCCCACGAAGCGCAACAUUUACGACAAAUAUGGUUCUCUGGGUCUAUAUGUAGCUGAGCAGUUUGGAGAGGAGAAUGUCAACACUUACUUUGUCCUGUCAAGCUGGUGGGCAAAGGCUCUGUUUGUAUUCUGCGGCCUGGCCACUGGCUGCUACUUCUGUUGCUGCCUGUGUUGCUGCUGUAACUGCUGCUGUGGAAAAUGUAAACCACGGCCUCGGGAGGGCCAGGACCAGGACUUCUAUGUGUCCCCUGAGGACUUGGAAGCUCAGCUGCAAUCUGAUGAGAGAGAGGCUGGUGGUGACCCUAUAGUGCUGCAGCCCUCGGCAACAGAGACAACCCAGUUAACAUCAGAUGGGCACCUCUCCUACCACACUGACACUGGCUUCAACUAAACCUCCCUUCCUGCUGAUCCUGGCCUGCGGUCCCGCCUGCUUCCCUGCUCCACCUCGGCAAGAUGAAAGAAAAGGGCGAUCCAUCGUUCCACCUCAGAAAGAGAGCCAUGUGGAGGUGAGGGACUAGUAAGCAUGGUCCAUGAACGGAACUAAUGAAGUCACAUCCCUUACAACCCUCCCCGACUGGUCCGCUGCAUAUUUCCCCCCGGUAAUAGAAGAUAAGAGAAACAAGUAAAUUGUUUCCUUUUUUAUUUCUUCUUUUGUAUUUCUUAGCCUUUAACCACACAGGUCGCCUGCCCUUCUUUCCCCUUCCACCGUUUUGCAUCAUGGUGUAGCAUGCACUGUUUAAAAUCAUGGUCUUUGGAUAUUAUUUGGUCCUUUGCAACAUUUUCUUUGCAAGACUCAUAAUGUAUGUGCAGUAUGUUCAAAUCAAUGCAAUUCACAGGGAGAAGGAUGAGAAGGAGCAGGGGGCGAAAUGUGUAUUUUAUGCUAAAGGAAGGGAGAGCCAUGUUUCAAGGAGAUGUUGGAUGGAGACGUGUUUUUUUUUUUUUUUUUUUUUUUUUACUUAGACAGUCUGUGCCAUCAUUAUACCAUCAAGACCUGAGUUGUCAAACACAUUUACAGAUUUCAGAAUUACUUUAGUUGAAAAGGCCUCCUGCUGUUGUUAGACCUACAGUAUGUCUGUGGCUCUGUGUUUGUUUGUCUUUAGUGCUCCCCUGAGUGGUUUUAAUGUGAAUCAUGAGGUUGUUAAGACACAGCUCUGUUUGCAGAAAUGCCCAGUUGACUUACAUUUCUAAUUCAGUUAUUAAUCAGUCCAAGCGUUUCUUAGCCUCUCCUGCACCACUGAACGUGCUGCGGAUGAGUAUUGAUGAUGUUUAUUUCCAGGGUUGCUUUUACGUUAAUUUGCAGUGUCUUGCAUUAUAAAUGUUUCGGCCCCGAUAGAUUAAGUACAUUUCUUCAGCAGCUACAAACUGACACAGGGUGCAGAAAUCAGAAAGACUCAUAUACAAGUAAGUUGUCAUUAGUCGAAAAGAUUAUUUUUAAUAGUUUGUUGACGCAUUCAGGAUACAGUCUUUUCUUUAUUUUUUUAAUUUAUACUAAUUGUAAAAAAUAUUUUUUAGAGACAUCCAAAGUCGUUAAGGCUGAAAGACAUUCAUUAGACCUCUUUAUUGCAGUUAUUUUUGUGAAGACAAGCAGCUCCACCUAGCUCUUUUUCAGGGGGUGACAUGUUUUUAAGUCUUGAAUAUAUUUAGAAGUUGAUGUGACGUGAAAAGAAAACAUGCUACACUCUUGAGAGCUACUGGUGACUGCAGAAUAUCCACGCGGAGUAUAACUGUUUUCAUCACGUUUUUGUGUUUUGAGCUGAAGUCCUAUGAUAUUUUGUCCAAUGCUGUGAUUGCUCAUCAUUGUAGACUCUUUUCCCAUGUAGAUCAAGAAGUUCAUCAGGCAUAUCAUGUAUGAGCCAAUGCUACAGGCAGCUCUGAGUAAAAGAGAUUUUUCAUAUGACUGAAUUUGCAUAUAUUGCCACACAUUUUUGCCAUAAAUUGCCAUGAACAUCUUUGCCACUAUGUCAGUUUCAUAACUGCUAACAAUGUGUUUCAAUGGUUUACAAUUGGUGAGCUCCCGUCGCCCACCCUCUGCUAUUAAUGGUAUGGAUGUUGACCUCUGUGGCCCUAGUAUGAUGUUUCCUGUAACCUUUGAUGAAACAUAGAUGUUACUGUCAUGGCUUUUUCAUUGAGAUACUGAAAAAUGCUACUGUAAAUGUUCUAAGUUGAAUGCACUGUGUGUUUUAAAAAAAAAAAGAAAAUCUAUAAAGGAUCAAUGAGCCGGAAAUUAUUCCAUAAAAAGAUAACAUAGUAUAUAGUGUAACUAUAGUGAAAUGGUUAUAUGAUGCAUUUUUUUGGAAUUUUAUUUAUUUCCUACUUUGUCAUGUUUCAGAUGAUGAUUGACUAUAAUUUUAACUGGUAUGGUGUUGUAAUGUUGCCAUUAAAUUUUGCAAGGAAUGGUUUAAUGGACAUGGUCACUUGUACAUACACUUGACCCAUAUAAAGUAUAAACCUUAACGUUUCUGUUGUAGCAUGGUAAUUGUGUGUCUGGAUGAAAACAAGUGGAUCAUUGAUCUGAUUUGCUGUUGUUGAAUAAAUGUUCCUCAACAUUUUGA